AUGCCUGAGGCAAUCCAGAAGCUCCGAUUCCUUCCACUCCGAUGCCUAGGUCGACCGGAGAUGGUGAAGGUGGUGAGUCGGAAGAGAAAGAUGCCCAUCCGACUGUACUUCCCCUGGGGCCAACACUUUCUGGGCACGCAAUCUCGGAUGGUGGGAACUCCUAAUUAAAAAGGUAGACCGGGUGCUGCAUGCCCUGAGGGCAGAGGACAAAGGAAAGUGAAUCCAGAAGCCGGGUGAGUGGCUUCAAACAUCUCAUUCAUGAAUUAUGAGAGCCUGAGACGUGUCACUCUCCUUUCAUUCCGUAUAUUUCCCGAAACCUCGGCAUUCAUGUCAGAAUAGGGCCAAAGGGCAGUCCCAGCCCAUCCCUUCAAUCUGGGAGAUUGACUUCGGUGACAUUCUCCUCGACUUCAUCUCGCAUUCAGCCCUUCCUCAGCCGUUAAUUGGUCUCCCAGAUGACUGA